AUGACGGACUCAUCGACCAAGGCAGAGCUUGGCUUAGAGAAAGGAGCUGUCACUCAUCAUGAGCACUUCUACGACGACGACCAUUUUCAUACCCUAGGACACGUUCGGCUUCGCGACGCAACAACAAAUGAGAUCAUUCUCACACCUGCACCGUCUCUUGAUCCUAAUGAUCCCUUAAAAUGGAAACAAUGGUACAAGAUAUUGAUCGCUAUCCUUGUCGCGUUUGCUAUGGUUAUGUGCAAUUUCAUGGCCGCGGGUCCUACGGUGACUAUGCUCACUGUGGCAGAGUCAUUCAACACGACCCCCGCGCACGCCUCAUUCUUCUUCAACAACAGUGCCCUGGCACAGGGUGUUGGAAACCUAUUCUGGGUUCCAGUAAUGCUGAAGUAUGGUCGUCGUCCAGUCUACAUCGCUAGUUUUUUGAUGUACUUCUUCAUGAUCAUUGGGUCCGGUGCAUCGAAAUCCUACGGUGCAGAGAUUGUGACUCGACUUCUCCUCGGCUUUGCAGGAGGUGCUGGUGAAUGCCUUGCCCCAUUGACUAUUACGGAUAUCUUCUUCCUCCAUGAGCGUGGAUUAUUUAUGGCAGCUUACAAUGCUGCUUUAUCGGGCGGCGUCGCAUUUGGGUCAGUUAUCUCCGGAUUAAUUGUCAUCAACUACACCUGGCGAACUAUCUACUGGAUUGGAGCUGCAUUGGUUGGGGCUACGCUUUUGGUCGUUAUCUUUUUGUUCCCGGAGACUGCAUUCGAAAGAUACAACAAUCCUCUCGUAGUUAGUGCAGAUCAGACACCGAAGUCUGCCGAAGGUGAGACGGAGCACAAUCAGGGUGAGGUUGCUAUUCCGCCAAAGAAGUCCUACUGGCAAACUGUGAAGCCCUGGGGUGGUCGCAAAUAUACCAAUGAGCCUUUGUGGCGGAUGAUGAUCCGUCCCCUUGGUCUGAUAAUAUUGCCUCCCGUCUUCUGGGCAACGAUUGUCAUGUCCGUCACCAUUGGUUUCUUGGUAGCCAUCUCUUCCAAUAUUGGCAGUGCCUUCAGUGCAUCCUACGGAAUGGAGCCUUGGCAAAUUGGAUUGUGUUAUAUCGGCAAUCUUCUCGGAUGUGCUUUUGGUAUUGUACUUGGCGGGCCCUUCUCUGAUUGGAUUGCCGACUAUUUCACCAAGCGAAAUGGUGGCAUUCGCGAGCCAGAAAUGCGUCUUCCCGCUAUUGUUCUCACCAUUAUAGCGUCACCCUUAUCUCUCAUUCUAUAUGGGGUCGGUAUUCAGAACCAACUACACUGGAUGGUCCCGACACUUGGCUUGUUUUUCAAUGCCUUUGCCGUCGUCCAGGGAACUAAUGUUUCCUUCACCUAUUGUAUUGAUGCCUACCGCCCUAUUGCGGGCGAGGUCACUGUUACCCAGCUCGCCUUUAAAUCUUGCUUUGGGUUCCUGCUCUCUUUCUAUACCAAUGUUUGGGUCGAAAAAGGCUAUGCUCUCGCCUACGGUGAAAUGGCGGCCAUCUCUGGUGGGUGCCUUUUGUUUUCGAUUCCCAUGUACAUUUGGGGCAAGCAAAUGAGGGUGUCUUCCAUGAAAUGGAAGGUGGUGCAGUUUAUCAGUUGGGAUGAUGAUCGUGAGGUCGGGGAAUAG